AUGGUUGGUCGAAGUCUCGCUUUGGCCGCGGCUGUUGUGCUGCAGAUCGUAUCACAAGUGGUUGCCAGUACGUCUUACGUUUCCUUGAGAUCUGAAAACAAUGCAGAUGUGAGUAGCGUCAGUGAACUAAUAUCUCAAGCCAAUGAGGAGGCUCCGAUAGUGAUUUUCCGCUUCACAGAUUACCCAAUCGUGGAGGCAUGGAAGCUAGAUGAGGGACACGCGCCAUACUUGGCCGGCUUUUUGGAAUCUGGCAACGCCUACCAGGAGGACUUUUCUUUCGAUGAGCUAUAUACGGAUGCCGAGAGUGAAGUUUUCAAUUUGGGCGAUUUAACGUUAUCGGCAUCUGAGUUGCUUUACAACUACGAUCUCAAAGGAAAAUCUGUGGUUCUGUUCAAUUUUGAUAGAUCGAACUACGAGUUGGGAAGUGUGGACGAGUUCAUGGAGUCCGCUUACCUGUUUUUGGCGGACUCUAUCGAUGGUAUCGAGAAAGUUGUGCUGAACGUUGCACGGACUGCUAACUUACAUCGUUCUACUGCUUCGGACCGCAGCACAGAAAGGGCAAAGGUCGAGCAGGAGAAAGAGAAACCUGGAGAGGGAGAUGACGGUGCCUUGAGUACCAUUUGGACCGAAGGCCUGAUUAUGUGCUUGAUUGUGUCCCUGCUGCUGCUCGCGAUCCUGGUCGUCGCGAUCUCUUGGAUGAGCAGCAUGGAGAUCAGCUACGGUGCCUUAGAGAGGUCCACGAACCCAUUGAAGAAAACAAAAUAG